GAGGUUAGGUUGCCUGGAGAUGCAGUGGCCUCCAUGGCUAUGAUAAGUUUCCUGUUUGUGGCGGUGAUGUAUGUUGUCCAGCACCUGAUGCUUGUCAGUGACCGGAUGGACCUGGACACACUGGCCCGAAGCCGACAACUGGAGAAGGUGAUGAUCGAAGAGAUGCGGCAGCUAGAGCUGGAGUUUGAAGAGAGAACCCGGGAGGAGGACAAGAGGCAGGCAAUCUGGAAACCCUUAGAAACUGGGAAAAGAAAACGUGAAGAAAUCAAUGAGGAAAAAACCAAGGAAAACAACGUACCAACAGAAGAUUCGAAGAAGACCUGGGCAUUCCAGUCUGAAGCCAAAGGGCCGCUAGGCUGGAUGCUGGGGAACCUGUGGAACGCAGGCCUCUUUAGUCUCUUUCUCCUUUUUGAGCUUUUCCGGCAGAAUAUGCAACAUGAACAACUUUUUGACUCUAGCAGCGAUGAGGAAGAGGAGGAAACCACUGGGGAGACUGUUACUACCUGCAGUUGGUUAUCUGACUUUCCUAAGCAGGAAGACUUGGAUUCCUUUUUUGAGCAGAACCUCCAAAACACCACCCGUGACCUGCCUAGUACUUGUGAAUUUGUGGAGAGCUUUGUGGAUGACCUGAUAGAGGCCUGUCAGGUACUGGGCCGGAGGGAGAUACACCCGCAGUUGGAGGAUUGCCUGGGUGUAGGCCCUGCCUUUGAGAAAUGGGGCAUUGGCCAAGAUGCUCACAGGUUCGAAGUGCUGGUGCCUUUAUCAGCCCCACAAAGCAACUCAUUCCACCUAGAGAUGAGAGCCCCAGAAUCCAGUCUGCUCCGUUGUGGCCGAGUGGUGGUGGAGUCAGAAUGCGUGUGCAAACGAGAAAAGCUUUUGGGUGAUGUGCUGUGUCUUGUACAUCACUGGGACCAAACCUCAAGUACUGGUAGCCCUGCCAAGUCCCUGAAGUCCAACUUUUGUACCGGCUCAAACCUGGAUGUGUACAAGAGCCUGUAUUGGUUCCGAAGCCUGGUGGGGAAUGCCUGGGCCCUAGUGGCACAUAAGUAUGACUUUAAGCUUAGCCUCCCACCUUCAGUCACCUCAUGUAAACUGAGGCUGGACUACCGCUCAGGUCGAUUUCUCUUAAUCAACUUGAUCCUGGGAGUGCAACGGGAUGACUCUCUGGUUUAUUUUGUGAGUCAAUCACCUGAGCAAGAGAAGCUGACUAGUGUGGACUGGCCUGAGUCUUUCGCAGCCUGUGAGCACCUGUUCCUGAAGCUGGUUGGGCGAUUUGCCCCAGAGAAGACUUGUCAUCUCAAGUGCCUCCAGAUCAUUUCGUACCUCCAGAGUCUCAAGGCCCCACCCCAUGGGCUACAUCAACCCAUCCUCACCCCUUACCACUUCAAGACAGCCCUCAUGCAUCUCUUGCUACAACUGCCUCUCACUGACUGGAAGCCUGAUCUAUUUCCCCAACGGCUCCAGGACAUUCUCUGGUACCUUGGCCGUGGGCUUCAGGAGAGAUGUCUUUAUCACUUCUUGAUUGGAAACACCUUUCUACCCCUUACCAUCCCAGUCCCCAAGAACUUUCGGAGUGCUAAGCCCGUCAAUCUCUUUCGUCACCUCGAACUGGACUCUGCGGCACACUCAAAGGCAGUGACAGAGUUCCAUGACCUUGUGACCCAGGUGAAAUCUUUGCCCGGCUUACCAAUAUCUGGUAGGGUCAUGUAAAGGCCAUUAAAAACGGGAUUUCUGAUUUUCGGGGCUCCUAUAGAGUCUGUUUUUCAGAUGUCUUACAGUCAGUAUCUGUGCCCCUUGACUUGUCAUGAGGAUAUGUAGUUCAUGAGCCUGGGCAUAGGGUACAAGAGGAGACAUUUCAUGAAAAUAGGGUAUAGGCUACCUGGCACUAACUAACCUAGGCUGUGGCUUCUAAGGUUUAUUCUACUGACAUGAUUCACAACAUGAUCAAAAGGAGAUCAGAGUGCACAGGCACACAUGGCCGCAUAUUCUUGUGACUGAGAUCUAGAAGGAAAACAGGUUCUGAGAAGCUGUAAACAUUUGUACUGAAAAUUGGGGAGAACUUGAGAGAAUAGCCAUUUUAGCCUGUUCCUAUUUAUGCAUCUUACCUAGUUUUCCCUUUAAACUUGAUUCCCUUAUGUGAACAGAUCUAUUUCACUUGCAGCAAAGUUGAUCACAUUCUAUAAAGUGCUUUUUAAUCAUAAAGCCCUAUAUAAAUGGGAGUCAUUUGUUAUUCGAAUAAUUCCUUGACAUCACUUCAUCCCAAGCAAAUGCUAUCAGGCUUUUUGAUUUCAAAUUCACAGAUUUUAGGAUCUAACUCCUCCUAUGUGAGCAUUCCAUACCUUCAAUAUUUCUAACAUGCAACCAAGAAAUAAGGCAUUUUCUUCUUUGUUGUGUUUUUCAGUUUUGACUCCAAAUUUUGUGGUGAUUGUAUCCCUGAUACCACCAGUCUUAAUCAAAUCAUGUAUUAGCAUUGAUUCUUCAACACUGUCAUGAAAAGAAUCAGAGGAAGGCCUCUAGCCAUCAGGCUGAUCACUUAUGGAGGAUUAUGGAGACAUAGGCAAAAUUUAUUCAAGAUAAGAACAUAGGAACAGGUUAUGAUCUACACGGUUGGAGGAAGUACCCACAUUGUUGCUGAAGUGUAAGAUUCUGAAAUUAACAAUCGACCCUACUGGCCAAAGUAAUUUACUUAUUCUAAUUGAUGCCAUAGCCAGUAUCAGACAACUUUUCCAGUGCUUAGAAGCAACAGAGAGUACUUAAGGAGGAUCUUUUAAAAACAGGGUCACUAAGAUUGAUAAUUGCUAUGUAGUAUUAUUGAAAGAGAAUAUCUCUCUCAGUUUUAAGAGAUAACCAACAAUUGCUAUAGAGUUAUUGAGGAAGAGCUUUUUACGUGGAAAGAAGCUUUAACCUCUAAUACAUCCAUUAACCUCUAAUACACUCUACUUUUCCUCAGUUUGGAAAUUCUUUCAGUUUCUUUUAAAUUUAGACUGAAGAAUUAUCUCUACAUUGUGGUUUUUCACAAGUGAGGUUACAAGAACCCAGGUUUACUUAUGACAAAGUAUUGGUUUUAAAGACGUUAUGGAUUUGCUUUUGCCUUUUUGAACCUCAGGUAUUGAUUUAUAUAGGUUUGUGGGGGUAAAGAAUGAGGGCAGGGAUCAUAGUCAGAGACUGUGCAUGCUGUUUCUCCCCCACUGUUAUCAUAAAAUGCUAUCUAUGGAAAUGUGGCUGACAUGACAUUAACACUACCACAGGGUGUCAGAUGUUAACUAGUUUCUCUGGGACUAUAGUCAUGAUAACACAAAAUGACUCAAAAUGUUUGCCAAAAUCCAGUGCUAACUCACAUUGUUCUCCAUAGUCCAAGGGCAGCUCAUUUUUUGUAUGAUACCCUCUGGGAUAUGCCAUGAGUUUCUUUGAAGUUGUGAAGUUUUAUGACGGUGGAAGAUGUUUUUUUUUCUUAAAUAUAUACACACAUACACUUGUUCUGUGGAAUUGAAAAUAACUUGUAUUUUAUUUUUGAACCAAUAAAGUAAAAUUAUUUUCUAUACAAA